UUACUUGAUUUUAGUUGUUGCUUAUUUAUUUUUAUCGCCCGAUGAUCGUAUUGUUUUGAAAAAAAAAAAAUGGAUGAAGUAAGAAAGAAUUUACAAGAAAUAUUGUCGAAAAUUGAUGGUUUAUAUUGUAUACUCUUCACGGACCGCGACGGAGUGCCGCUCCUAAAGAUAAGCACCGAUAAGACUCCGGAGAACGCGAUAAAACCGGGUUUUAUAUCAACCUUUUGCCUGGCGAUUGACCAGGGCAGCAAACUCGGUCUGGGCAAGACAAACACCUUAAUUUGUAGCUAUUCCCAGUAUCAAAUCAUACAAAUGAACAAGAUUCCUUUGAUAGUAACAUUUAUUGCUAGUCAGAGAUGUAACACCGGACGGAUAUUGGCAUUGGAAGACCAACUGGACCCUAUUAUAUCUUCUUUAAAGUUAACUGUGGCUGAAGUGUAGGUUUCAAGGAUUGUAAUGUAACUUCUAUAAUAGGUAAUUUUUUUUUUACUUUAUUAUUAUUAUAUUUUUAUUAAUAAAUAUUUCUGUAUAUAA